GAGAAUAUGUUUUCAUAUUAGUUUAAAUCAAAUUGUAAAGAAGUUUAUGCAUAUUCAAAUUAUAUAAAUAAAUUAAUUCAUUAGAGUUAGUCAAAUCAGAAUAGCCUAUCAAUAUUAUGUAAUGCCCAAUUUCCAUUGAAUAAUUUAUUAAGUUUUAUCAUUUUUAAAUUUUAUUUUUAGAUAUUUUAUCAAUUAAAGCAGAAACCUUGUACAUUUGCACUUGCAAUUAGAUUUAUAAUGGAUAUAUAUCACUAAUAUCAUGAUGUAUCUUGAUAAUUCUUUGAAGAUCAUUCAACUUGCAAUUUUUUAUUAACAUAAGUGAUAUAUUUCAUUAUAAAUCAUUGCUAAAAUUUUUGAAUACUUGUUAAUAUAUUAGGUACAUAUAAAAGUAUCUACUAUAUUAUAUAAUUUAAAUAUAUCGCUAUCGAUUAGUAAUAAAGAGAUUACUCUUUACAUCUAUUUGCAAGGAUAUUUUAAAGCAGUAAUUGAUUUAUACAAAAAAUAUUUUCUGCCAAAUAAUGUUUCAAUUUUUUUCUAAGUUUUUUAGGCAAUUUUGUAUAUAACAGUAAUGUUGUUUGGGUCUUCCUUAUAUAUUUGAUUUCCGUAUAAAUUAUGAUAUUUAUGAAUGCAUGCUUUUAUCCUUGUACAUUAUGAUGUUAUGUAUAUUUUAUGUGAAUUUUUAAAUCAAGAAUACCAAAAUCUAAUGAUUGAAAAUUAUUUUAAUCAUUUUAAAUCCACCAAUUUAAAUGUACAUAAUAAUUCUCACAAAAAUGUCGUGCAAUACCAAAAAGUUUAAUAAUUAUUUUUUAUUUUAGCUGAAUUUUUGAAAUUUAUGAUUGAGAGUGCAAUUAUGUAUAAGCAACAAAAUUCUUUAUUGGUGGAAAAUGGGCAAAAAUACUACAAUUACGCACAACAGUGAAAGUGUAGAUCAACAUAAUUCAAUUUAUUGUACAUAACACAUAUACAUAAUUAUUCAUUUAGGGUACAUACUAUGUGUAUGUAUGCAGGAGCAAACUAUGUACAUUGUAAACAUUUGCUAUUAUGGAUAGGAUACAGAUAGUAUUUUCUGCUGUCAAUUCUUCAACUAAGACUGUGAUUUUUAAAUAUACUAAUGGCUAGGUAGAUACAAUACAUAUUGAUUGAAUAUGAUAAAAUAAAAAUAAAAGAGAUAUUCAAGACAUAUGCAUUUUUAAUGUUUCUAUUCAUUUUGUACAACAAUAAAUGGAUUUGUUAAUUGUGUUAUUUAGUAUGUACUAAAUUUCAAUUGUGUGAUAUAAGAUAUUUUAAUCUUUUAAUCUUUUAAUUAUAAUAUUAAUAUUUCAAAAUUGUAUGUCAUGAGUUUUGUCAAUUUUUCUUCCGUUUGAAAUUAUGAAUAUUUCCCGCCUUAUUCAUUUUGACACUAUUUUAACCUAAACGACACUAUUUUGAUACUAUUCGAUCGGUUGUUGUGUCGUGCUGGUGUAAAUAAACUAAUAAAGGAUAUUCUAUUUAUUAUUAUUAUUUAGAUUUUUUUAAUUACUCGUGAUGUGUAUAAAUGUAAAAAGAAUCAAGUGUGAGACAUUAAUAUGAAAUAUUUAAGUAUUUUUAUAUGAAUCGAGAAUUGGAAACAGUUGGAUAAGUAAAAUCUUUCUUUCUUUAAAGAAAUUAAUUACACAAAAUGGAAAUCAUUGAACUUGUUUCGGAUGAUGAAGUAUCAAAGGAUAAUACAAAAAGAAAUAGAAGUUCCAAAAUUGGCAAUACUAAUUGUAUAAAUUUUCAAUGUUCUUCUGGAGUAGAUAUGAAAUUAGCACCUUCUUUUGCAUGUGCUUUUUAUGGAGUAAAUACAGAGAAAAAGAAAAAGCGAAUGAUAUGUACAAAGUGUUUUAAUGCUGCUUUAGAACACCAGAAGCAAUUGGUCACAGCUUUUGUGGAUCAUAAGCCAUUGUUGAACUGUGAAUUUCCAGACCAUACAAUGGAAGUAGAAAUUUCUGAUAGUGAUGAUUCAGAUGAUGAGAAAAAAAAAGAUACAUGUGAUGAGGAAAAAUAUUUACCUGCAGAAAUGCUUUUGGAUGUAGAUGAAAUGUUGGACAGUACAUUGAACAAUAUUGUUAAGAAGUAUGACGUUGAUUAUCAAAUUAAACAAGCUCAUAACAUACUAAAAGAUCAAUGGAAUAAAAUAGAUGAACAAAAUGAAAUUCUGGAAAAAAAAGUCAAAAAUUUGAUGCGUAAUAUGGAUAUAUUACGUAAUAGUUUAUAUGACGAAUUCAGACCACAAAUUGAAAUGCUGCAAGAACUUCAAAUUGAUGAUGGAUACAUGGAUAACAAUCUUUAUCCAUUAGUAGCAACAAAAAAAGUUACCCAAGUAAGAGUUCUUCCUUCUUCAGUUUUACAAGAUAAUCAACCAGAAGUUUUACCAAUUGAACAAGAUAAUAAACAAAUUGUGGUUCUGGAUUUACCCCCAAUUGGUCCAAUAGUAAGAGCGCAAAUAGAAGUUGAUAGCAUUGUAUAUAUUAUGAAGCAUCCACUUAUGCCAUGGAUUAAAGGAAAGGUACAAAAUGUACUUUCUAAAACUCCCUUGCAUUGUCGUGUAAGAUUAUUACAAAAGAGAUAUAAUUCUGUUGUUAAAUCUGUUUCUGGCAAGCAAAUUGCAGCUGCUGUAAUUAGUCAAGUAAUAAUUCCAGUUAGUACGCGAGUAGUUGCAGUAUUUAAAGAUGUUUCAUCUAGUAAUCUUUAUAGUGGAGUUAUAGCUGAACAGCCAAAAGCCACGAAUAAGUAUAGGUAUUUAAUAUUUUUUGAUGAUGGAUAUGCCCAAUAUGUUGAGCACAAAGAUAUUUAUUUAGUUGCCGAAUUUUCUAAUAAAGUUUGGGAAGAUAUACCUAAUGAAUCUCGUGAUUUUGUUAAAAAAUAUAUUGAAACAUAUCCCGAAAGACCAAUGGUAAAACUACAAACAGGACAAGUAGUAAAAACGGAAUGGAAUGGUAAAUGGUGGAUUGCAAGAGUAGUUCAAGUUGAUGCAAGUUUAGUACAAAUGCAUUUUGAUGCUGAUGGAAGAACAGAAUGGAUCUACAGAGGUUCUGCUAGAUUAGGACCUUUAUAUCUCGAACUUUUAAAAGCUAAUGCCAGACAACAAGGACAUCAUGCAUCUGUUAAUACGCCUAGUCGACAUCGACUGCCUGCUAUCUCUAAUAAAAACAAUUUACCUUAUGUGGAAUAUACAUCUAAUCUGGAAUCUGAGGAAGAAAGACUUUCUCAAUUAGAAAAAGAACAGAAUACAGUAAAUGAAAGUACAAAUGCAUUAUCAAAUGUACCGCAACAAUCACGUGCUGUUGCUAGAAAAAGUACGAGUAAAAAGCAAAAUAUUGUGGAUUCAAGUCUCUAUAAUCCUACGACAGAAACAAAACCUUCUCACAGUAUAGUUUACUAUCAAACACAGAACAAGAUUCAAACAAAGAAAUUUGUUCCACAUAAUUGCGGCCCUCAAUGCGUUCAGGGAAUAUCUUUUACACCUGAUGACUUACGAGGUUAUUCACCUCUUUCAAUACCAUUACUCUGUGGUUGGAAUAGACAACUUUGUAAAUACCCAAAAGGCAAAAAAAUUACAUUAUAUCAAGCUCCGUGUGGUGUUAGAUUACGAAAUAUGGAAGAAUUACAUCAGUAUCUUCGUAAAACAGGUAGUCCGAUGUCAGUUGAUCUAUUUGACUUUGAUUACUGGGUGCAUUGUCUAGCAGAAUUUGUUUUGGAUAAAUGCUUUAUUAAUAUAAAGGAUCUCAGUUAUGGUGUAGAAAAUGUACCGAUACCGUGUGUUAAUGAAUUAGACCACACACAACCAGAUACCAUUAGAUAUAGCACUCAAAGAGAACCAACAGAAGGAGUUAAUCUUAAUUUAGAUCCAAAUUUCUUGUGCAGCUGUGAUUGUGAAGACGAUUGCCAAGAUAAAACAAAAUGUCAAUGUUGGCAAUUAACAAUACAAGGUGCCACUCUCGGAGGAAGAGUGCCAAAUACAUCUGUCGGUUACGUAUAUAAACGUUUACCAGAGCCUGUUACUACUGGAAUUUAUGAAUGCAAUUCUGGGUGUAAAUGUGCUGUAAAAACUUGUUUGAAUAGAGUAGUGCAACAUCCAUUAACGUUAAAAUUACAAGUAUUCAAAACAGCUCCUCGGGGCUGGGGUAUACGAUGUUUAAACGAUAUUCCUCUUGGAUCUUUUAUUUGUAUAUAUGCUGGUAGAUUACUUACAGAACAGGGAGCUAAUGAAGGUGGUAAAAAUUAUGGAGAUGAAUAUUUAGCAGAAUUGGAUUACGUAGAAGUAGUAGAAAGUAUUAAAGAAGGAUACGAAAGUGAUGUUCUCGAACCAGAAAUGCCAUUAUCUACUCCAGAAGAUAAAAAGAAAUCUAUGACAAGUGAUGAUGAGGAUAAUUCAAAAACAAAUGCAAAUGAUUCGGACGAAGAUUUCAAUAUUAGCAAAUACGUGAAUUUCAAUGUAGAUUCUACAGAAUCUUCUUCUAUUAGAAAGAGAUUAAGAAAACGAAAACGAGAUGAUGUUAAUCAAGAUGGGUCUGAAGAAAAUAGCGAAGAUGGAAGUGCUACUAAGACCACAGAAAACAUUACAAAGUCUUCCACUAACGAAAACCGUUCAAAUGAUCCAGAUGCAAUUACUAUAAGUGAUGAAGAAGAAAAUAGAAGUGGUAGACGUGAACCAAGUAGAUUUGAUCCAACAGUGGAACCAACGCAAAUAGAAAGACCAAAAUUUAAAUCAGUAAGAGAUUUCUUUGGAGAAGACGAAGCUGUUUAUAUAAUGGAUGCUAAGACAACUGGAAAUAUCGGACGUUACUUGAAUCAUUCGUGUGAUCCAAAUGUUUUUGUACAAAAUGUAUUUGUAGACACACACGAUGUAAGGUUUCCAUGGGUAGCAUUUUUUGCUUUAAAUUACAUAAGAGCAGGUCAGGAAUUAACAUGGAAUUACAGUUACGAUGUUGGAAGUAUACCAGGUAAAGUUAUCAUAUGUAAAUGUGGCGCAUCUAAUUGUAGAGGUCGACUUUUAUAAUGUGAGAAUAAUUUAUAUAAAAUUAAUAAAAUUUUAUUAAUAAACGA